UCCAAAACCAACAGCAAAUAGGUACAACCGCAAACUCUGUAUGUAUUGUCUAACUAUGCAUCUCUAUGAGUCAGACUGUGGAUGAAUCAUCAAGGAUCUCAACCAACUCAGUCAUAAAAGCUGAAUCUAUGGAGAAGAACCAAUCAUGUCUUGCAACCCCACUCAAGAAACCCUCUGAAACAAAAUCAGCAGCUGCUGAGCAGAUAAAUGAAUCUGUCAGCAAAUGUUCAACAACUCAACCUCCGGUUCCAGCUAAGAGGAAGAGCUUACUCCUAUUCACUGGGACGCCAAAGAAAGAAUCUUCAGCCAGCCCCAAUGGAGAAGUGAAGAAAGAUAACAAGAAAGAAGAACAGAUGCAGAAUGGGAGACAAACAACAAAAGUCAGCUCAUCUCUGGAGGAGAAAAACUCACACACAAAAGUAACGUCAUCCGAGCAGGUGAGCCGAACAGCGCCCCCUGUGGUGCCACCAAAAAGGAACUUGCGUUCAUUCCGAGUGAAGCAGCUGAGUGGGCGAAACGUUACUAACGACUUGGAAAGAGCCAACAGCGAAAUGAAGGUGAAAGAACUGGUGCGGAUGUUUUCCGCCUCGGCAGCCCAGGAGAACGCAGUAGAAACGGAGGAGAAACCCGGAUCAGAACACCCACGAGUGAAGCUUCUCGCUCAAAGACAUCCUGCCAUGCCGGCCCAGGAACCCAGAAUCCAACCAAAGGUGGAAGACAGGCAGGAGAAGCGAGCAACAGACAUAAAACCUGACGUAACUCUGACAGCGGCAGAAGAGCCACAGGAGGAGGCUCCAUCAAUCUUGUGUGAAGCAGCAAAACCCGACGCUCCCGCCAGCAUGAAGGUGAAGGAACUGGCUCAGAUUUUUUCGACGCAGGAAGCGGCGGCCGGGCCGAGGGAGAAACGCGGCCGAGGACACGGAUCAUUACAGGUAAAACUGAUGGCUCAACGAUUUUCACAACCCACGUCCACGGAUGCAAUAGGUCAGCUAAAAAAGGAGGGUAAUGACAGAGUACAACGAGCACAGCAGAAGUUACCAGACUCAACAUGUAACCCGUCGGAAAUGAAAACUGCAGCACAAAAGCCCACCAUGCAUCAGGAACACAAACCCUAUGAAGCAUCUCAGGUCGCAGGUUUGUCCACGAGGUCAAAGGUGAAGGACCUGGCUCGGAUGUUUUCAACUAAGACCAUGUAGGGAAAAGUUCUCCUACUAAAAGAGAGCAAUGAAAAUCAAAGGCAUUACUGUAAAAAGUUUGGAAGUGGAGAAGGAAGCAUUUCCAAGAGUAUCUCUCCAUGUAUGCAUCCGAUAUCAACUAUUUUUAAAAUGUAUACACUUUUGGUACAAGAGCCUCAUGUUUCUGUGCAACGUCACCUCAAACUAGAAUGGCUUCAUCACCUGUUUCUGGUUGAUUCAUAUCAGACUUGACAAAAAAAUGACAGCAUUCAAAACAAACAAACAAAACAGCUAGGCUAAGCUAACAUUAACAGGCUCAUGCUAUGCUUUGAUAUGCCUUGUUGAUGGUUUGGCUCACAGGAUACUCCAUCGCAGUCCUUGUUACUGAAAAUGUUCUGUCUUGUAAAUUUAAAAGAUUCCUUCCUUUGAACAUCGUAACAUUGAAUGAAGAGUGUUUCGGCUGCUUUCUGUGAUCAAGGGACACCCUGUGUUCAUGGAUAUGUAGCAAAUGUAAAAUUGGAGAUCUUCACUGUGUAGGUAUUUGACAGCUUCGCAACUCCCCUGCAGGUUUGAAUGGGAGUUAAUGCAACUUAUGAUGUUUUUGAUUCCAUGACGUAAACAAACAAAUGGGUUGCGUGGGUUUUAGGUCCUUAUCCAGAGGCUCAACAGAGAUUAGGAGUUGAGAGGCGUCAGCGUGUUCACACAUGCAGGAAUGGUCUGACUUUAGGAGUUGAACCGAAACGCUGACACUCAGGUUGAACUGCUUCCUGUUCCAACUGAGAGAGGGAGUUGGUAGCAACCAGAUGGGUUGUUGUCUGGGCAUAUCAGUCGGCAAAGGGAAUGCUUAGGAAACCAACAAGUACACAAGCAGCUUUCUGUGUAAUUCGUCAAGCGUCAGCGCAAACCUGCACCUGCCAGGUUUCUAUUUCCCCUGAAAUAGAAACCUUAAAACUUUGGUUUCUAUUUCGAAACCACAUCAUAGAGUGGUGUGGUUUCUUUACAUCUACUGGUUUACUUGGUGUUACAGAAGAGUUGUACCCUUUGCACAGGAACACGAUGUUUCUGGACAGAUAUCAGAGGGCUGCUGCACAAAACCAGGAAGACGCGGUAGCGCGUUGGUUACCAUGGCGAUUUAUCUUGUGCAGCUGGCAUGCUUAGCCAGGCUAACAGCCGGGCUUAGCUAAUGUUGCCAAGUUAUCUGUUCAGUCACGCCGAUCAGAGUUUCGUUCGUGUUCUGUCAUUUUGUCAUCGUCACCUGAUCCAUUUAGGCAUUGUUACGGUUCGGUCGUGUUUCUGAAUAUGGCUGUUCUAAGUAUAUUGGAAAUGACAGAUCUGAAAUUAAAAUCAUGUUGACGACUUUAGUUUAGCACACAAUUGAAAAAAAUGCACAGUUUAAGUCACGCAACGUUUAAAACACGAAAUUAUUUACAUCAUAAACAAACCUUGUGUCUAUUGAGGAGGCUGCUAAAGAGGUACAAUUUAAUGAUCGUUACAACUUAAUGUGUCUUUUAGUUAAGCUGUCUUUGCACCAACUGUGGAACAGAAAAUUGUGCCUCCAACAUAAAAAAGCAUCCUAAGUCAACAUUGUUAAAAGUAAUUAAAAAAUAAGCAGCAAAAGUUUUUAUUUUUUUAAGUUUUUGACCAAAUGAGAUAAUGUUUCAGAACAUUAGGGUGACGACUGAAGAACAUUAUUGUAUGAAUGUUUAGAACAAUUUGAUUGUUACAACUUUUUUUUAUUACGUUGUUGAAGGUUGUGUGUCUUAUUAAAGGUACUCCUAUUCCAUGUUUUGUCACAUUAUAAAAGUGUUACUUAUUCGCUCCUACAGAAAUGUUGCUUGUUUUCCUCCCGUUGUUUCGUUGCAGUUUUGUUGUUGUGGGUUCUACCAGAAACAUAACCUGACUUCCUGUCGCUGCACAUUUAAAGGCUUUAAGCUCACAUGUAUGUUCUUA